AUGGGGCUAAUCAGACACUCUCUGGUUGUACAGUUUUUAAUCCUUUCUGUUAUCCAGCUUUGUUGGACUGACAAUGUAUUCCUUAACAACCAGGAAGCGUCCUCUGUAUUGAAUCGGAUUCGCCGAGCCAACAGUUUCUUUGAAGAGGCGAAAGUUGGAAACUUAGAGCGAGAAUGUAUUGAGGAAUACUGUGAUUUCGAGGAGGCCCGUGAAGUGUUUGAAGAUGACCAGCAAACAGAAAAAUUUUGGAAGAGUUAUGAUGGAGAAUGCUAUGUGGGGAUUGGCUCCCAUUACAAAGGAAACGCUUCGAUAACUAUGUCUGGAAGAUCAUGUCAGAGUUGGUCGAGCAACUUUCCACACAAACCAACAUACAAUCCUGACACACACAGCCAAUAUGACCUUACAAAUAACCACUGCCGAAAUCCAAAUGACAGUAACAUGGCACCGUGGUGCUACACUAAAGACCCAACAGUCAAGUUGGAACAAUGUUACAUUCCGCAAUGUGGUGAAGAAUUGCCGCCGUUAUCGACAAAACCACCAAUAUCAGUUGGCUCUUGUGUUCCAAAUCAGGGAGCAGACUACAGGGGAACACAGAAUGUAACUAGACAUGGAAAACAAUGCCAGGCCUGGAACUCUCAACACCCCCACAAGCACAAUUUUACCAGAGAGGAAAUGAUAUCAGCAAAUCUAGAAGGAAAUUACUGCAGAAAUCCAGAUGGGGAUGAGGAUGGUGCAUGGUGUUUCACCACUGACCCAGAAGUAGAACUCGAUUACUGCAACCUUAAUUAUUGUGAUGACCUUGUGGAUAUAUUCCAAGAACACUCAGAGGAGGAAAUGGAUGAUAGCAAGAUAACUGGUCGAACAGUAGGUUCUGGGUACACGACUUCCUUCAAUCCUAAAUUUUUUGGUAAAGGAGAGGAUGAAUGUGGUCUGAGAGCAUUGUAUGAACGCAUAAACAAGGAAGAUGGAGGAGAAAAGGAAUUGCUGGCAUCCAUCAAAGGUCGAAUUGUGCACGGAAGCAAUGCUGAAGUAGGGAGUGCCCCAUGGCAAGUAAUGCUGUUCCGUAAAAGGCCACAGCAGAUGUUGUGUGGGGGCAGCCUAGUGAGUGACCAGUGGGUUAUUACAGCAGCCCACUGUGUCUUGUAUCCUCCAUGGGACAAGAACUUCACGGAAAACGACAUUGUAGUCCGUCUUGGGAAGCACAAACGAGCUGGGUACGAAACGGACAGAGAAAAAGUCGUUGCAAUUGAUAAAAUUAUUGUUCAUCGCAAUUAUGAGUGGCAAAUGAACCUUAACCGUGAUAUUGCAUUGUUGCAUUUGAAAAAACCCAUUGUAUUCACUCAGUAUAUAUCGCCCGUCUGUCUACCAAGCAAGGAAUUAACCCGCAGGUUACUACACAAACAGCAUUUGGGUCGGAUCACAGGUUGGGGAAACCUGCAGGAAACCUUUGUCAAUACAGCAACCAGUUUGCCUGAGGUACUGCAGAUGAUCCAGCUUCCCAUCAUCUCACAGCAACAGUGUACAUUAUCCACCUCCAUUCAUGUUACAAAGAACAUGUUCUGUGCCGGUUUCCCUCCAGAAUCUAGCCAGCGUGGAGAUGCCUGUGAGGGAGACAGCGGGGGCCCCUUUGUGAUGAAGAAUCCAAACAAUGGGCGAUGGUACCUGAUGGGCAUUGUCUCCUGGGGAGAAGGAUGUGACCGGGAUGGGAAAUAUGGAUUCUACACUCAUGUAUUCAGGUUUAGAAAGUGGUUGGAGAAAGUUAUACAGACCAAGAUACCGUCACGAAAGAGUUAA